CGAAUAUGUCUAUAAUGCAGGCAGAGAUGCCCUACUCAAGACAGCAAGGGGCACGUCUCGUCAGGAUCGGGAAUCUCAUUCAUUCAGCACUUAUCAUCAGACCACGCACCACGGAAGCCAUCCAUCCAGCCAUCCAUCCAUCCACGCAGUCACUCUCGCGUUCGUGCGUUCGUUCAUUCAUUCAUUCAAACCACUCAGGCAGGCUACGAAUGCAUGUGUGUAUGUGAGCAGCACGGCAGAAGGCGUCCACACCAGUCACUCGCCCACUCACCCCCACACGGCACAGCACGGCACCACCCCCGCCAGCUCCACUGCACCAGCCACGGUGCCUCCCUCAUCUGGAAAAGGUGAGGAGCUUCUCCUGGAAGAGGAGCCUGUUCAUGCAGGCGUCGCUCUCGCCCUUCUGCCGGACAAAGCCCGCGAUGGCGAACGUGUGGUUCUCGCCCUCCUUCUUCACGCCCUUCUCGUCCACCUGACCACCCCAUACAGACGGACAGACAGACAGUGAGAGUCACUUGACGUAACCCUCCCUGUGUGCGGUGCUGACGCACCUUGCAGACGUUGAUCUGGACGCUGCCGUGCUCCUUGGCGGGGAGGAUGCGGUUCGUCGCAGAACUGAUGCGCACACAGGCAGACCCGAAAUGUCUGUUGGUGCGGCCGGCCUGUCCUGGUGUCGUCGUCUUACCACUUGCGAGGGAUGUACAGAUCCACGACCUUUCCUUCGUCGUUCUGAGAGACCCGCCAUCCCAUACGCAGGCAAGACAGCAACACGCCACAGGGUGACCCUCUGACUGACUCGACGAGGCGUAGAUCAGCCACCCUUGUCCCUGAUCUGUGUUCCCUUCCUUCCCUUUCGCUCUCCCGCCUCCUCUGUCCCUCCUACCUGCAUGACGGAGCUGGG